CUGGAAACUAAGAGCUCACAAGACUCAAGACAUGAUAGAACCGGGCAAGAGACAACUCUAGAUGAAAUUAGAAAAGAUCUAAGCUGCGACGAAUUACGCAUUACUUCUUCUAUGAAGAUUCGUCAGGUGGACUAGCAGCUGGCUUUUCAAUCGCUAUAAAUUAGGUACGUACAGCUUAAUAUCAUAUUCCGAUGACAUGAAAAACUCUUCCGAAGCUCUAGAGCGUAACAGGUAGGUAGAAAUGAAUAUAAAAACGCCUCUACUUAGAUUAUGAGAACAUACGUACCUAAGGUAAGAUUCGAAAUAAGUGCGAACUUCGUCACGUCAGACCGGGUCGAGAUGUCGUGAUCCACCAGAUCUAGAGCUCUCGCCAAUCACGAAACUCGACAGGGUUACAGACACCGGCUUUCACCUCUGUAAAAGAAGCUUGCACCGUUUAUAGAUCUCUUAAAUCAGCUAUCGCUAUUAUGAUGCAAUGGUCCGGGGGUCGUAGGUCUCGUCAUCGAUAGGUAUGCUCGCAAAUCUUUGAACUGUCGAACUAAAUUACGCGCUUCAGACGGAUUUGGGGCGAAGAAUACUUUCUUGUUUUCACCUGCUUUGGCGAAGUUGAGAAGACUAUCUCUUUAAAGCUUGGGGUAUGGUUAUAUCUGCGUAAGAUGGCCGAAAAGACUUUACACGAUGCUCCAGGAGAGAGUGUUAAUGUCUCUGACUCUGAAACCACGGACUCCGGGAUCAACGAACGCGCGCUGCUGAGAAAAUUGGACCUACGGCUAUUGCCCGCGGUUGGGAUCUUGUAUUUGUUGUCUUUUCUCGACCGCAGUAACGUCGGAAACGCUCGGAUUGAAGGCUUGCUUAAUGAUGUUCACAUAACUGGGAAUCAGUAUCUUACAGGGCUAACCCUUUACUUUGUGGGAUACGUAUUAUUCGAGAUCCCUUGCAACAUUAUCCUUAAACGCACAACGCCUCGUAUUUGGCUUCCAACUCUUACGAUAGUAUGGGGUAUCGUGGCAACUUUAAUGGGCAUAGUCCAAAAUCUAGCUGGGUUUCUCGUGAGCAGGUUCUUUCUCGGUUACGUGACGAUAUUUCUUAUUGACAUACCCCUUAGACCGUGUCGUACUGGGAACGCGGAGAGUGGCUUGUUUCCGGGUGUAGUAUUCUACUUUUCCAUGUGGUAUAAGAGGCGAGAGAGGCAAUACCGCAUAUCACUCUUCUUUAGUGCCGCAUCUCUGGCCGGCGCGUUUGGUGGUAUAUUGGCCUAUGGAAUCGGAAGAAUGCGCGGUAUUGUCUGGGAGAACGGAUGGCGUUGGAUUUUUAUUUUGGAAGGCAUUCUUACGGUCAUAGUGGCAGCUGCGGCGUAUGGAUUUAUUCACAACUAUCCAGAUACGUCGAAAUUCUUAAACGAAGACGAGCGAAAAUUCAUUCACCAGCGCUUGGCGGCCGAUAGCGAUUCUACGCAUGACGAGCGCUUUAAUUGGAAGGCUGUCGUAGAAGCACUAAAAGAUCCGAGCUGCUGGCUCUACGGCUUGGGUUUUCAUACGAUGAGUUUACCUCUCUAUACCUUGUCCCUGUUUUUGCCAACCAUCAUAGCAAAUCUUGGAUAUACGGCGGCAACAGCACAGCUGCUUACCGUCCCGCCGUAUGCGUUCGCAUUCAUAACAACAGCCUCCGUGGCCGUUCUGUCCGAGCGACUUGGCCAAAGAGCCAUCUUCAUCGGCGGUUCUGCUAUCUUCGCCGCGAUCGGUUACUCUAUCCUGUUAGGAAACAGUGAUCCAGUCGCAAGACCUGGGGUUAGUUAUGUUGGCGUGUUCUUCGCCGCUGGCGGUAUAUACCCAGCGAGCGCCCUCGUGUUGUCUUGGCCUGCUAUCAACGUUUCGGGCCAGACGAAGCGAGCCAUUGCGAAUGCCAUGCAAAUUAGUAUCGGGAACCUCGGCGCCGUACUAGGUACACAGCUAUACCGCGCAACGGACGGACCUAGAUUUAUCGUGGGCCACUCCGUUGCUCUUGGAUAUCUCGUUGCCAACGCUGCUGUUGUGACGAUCUUGGGGAUAAGAUUAAAACGAGAGAAUAGGAGGCGGGAAGUAAUAGCGGAAGAAAUCAAGCACGUCGGGGAAGUGGCUGACUGGCAGGGAGAUUCGGAUCCGAGGUGGCGUUUUGAAUAUUAA